GCCGCCCCAUCGUCAUCAGUCCAUCGCCCGCACUUCAUCCCUCAUACCCUCGCUAAGCGCAAGAUCUGUCGAUCUCACCCCACACGAAAGGCUCACUCGCUCGUGAUCCAUGGCCGAUGAGCGGCAGCGCUUCCGGAGGGCGGGCGAGAUCGAGAGCGAGGACGAGGAGUUCCGCAGCCUCGACCUCUGCGACCGCACGGCCAUGGGCAGGAGGCGUGGGCGCUCGCCGGAGCCCGUGGCCACCGCCAAGAACCUAUGGAAGCGGGCGACAGCCAUGCUCAAGAACAAAACCUACAGCUUGCCGCCGACGACCAGUGAAGACCAUGUCCCCAUCCGCGUCUCCUCCGCCUGCGACAUCUACGAGGGGGUGCAGCUCACGGAAAUGGCAAUGGUGGCCUCCCCUGUUGACCAAUGGCCUCGAGGUCCACCGCAACAACAACAGCCCCAACUUUGAGCCGCAGGACGGCAAUGGCAACAUAGACCCAGAGUCUGCAGUGGUGCCUGAUGAUGAGCCAGCAAACGUGCCCACUAUUUUGUUUCCAGCAAACCUUGCGCUGGCACUGUGGAUAAUGGCCUUGCUCACCCUGAGCAUGGUCAUAGGCACAGUGCUCUACAAGCCUCCCAGGGGAGGGGUCUUUGGCAAGAACAAAAGCGCCUACUACCUCACCCUCGCCACCAUCUUCAUGUUGGGAGUCGCAGAGGCGUUCACAGCCUACUGUGUGUCCCGCUCCCGUGACCCUAACAAGCGCCGUUUCUCUUUCGGGAGGGUCAUUCUCUGUGCCUCUGUCGGACCAUUCGUCGCCAUCGUCGGCAUCAGUGGUUUUGCUUUCAUCGAGGGCUAACUGGACAUGGUAAGUAAAUCUCCUCAAACCACAUUUUACUCCGUUUUUCAAAUGUUAAUAACAGAGUAUAGUUUCAUGGAAUAAUUUCACAAAAGCACAUUUAUUUUGUAUCGGUUCUUCAAAGAAUGACCCUCCCCAGAACUAAAAUCACAAAAACAUCCCACUUGUCGGUCUUGCUGCCUUGAACAUGUAUGGGUUGAUGGUGGUUGGUGUGCCAAAUCUCAAGUUCAGGGGAAAUAUUAGAAAAUGCAGUAGUUUUUUUUUCUAAAUCAUGAAACCACAAUAAGUUCUAGUGCUAGAAUCCCUCUCGAGAUUAAUUUCCUUGGUACCCAUAGAUAAAUGUUUUGGGAGAAUGCUUGUGUCACACAAUGUCCCUUGUGCGGGGUGGACGGGCACACUAGCCACAGUAUAUUUACUGUGUUACCGCGUGUCAUAUGUGGAGUUAUGUGACAGAAAUCAUGGUUGUGAUUGGAUCCUAACUUAUAUCUUAGCCGCAGUAUAUCGGGGGCUACUGUAUUUUGUGAUUAGCCUUCACGGCAUAGUCUAGGUGAGUUUUGUAUGAUUAGAAAUAAAUUAGUAACUAUGCACUCUCAAAUUUAAUACAUACUCUAUCUGUAGACUAAUAUAAAAGCAUUUAGAUCACUACUUUAGUAUUCUAAAUGCUUUUAUAUUAGUUUACGGAGGGAGUAUUUAGUUAGCUAUGGUACUUACAAAAUGUUAUCUUUUCUACAGCAGUGAGUUCCGCUGAGCAAGGGAAGCAAGGGGCUGGUGGCUACGGUGGCAAGUGAUAACUGCGAUUAUAAGCUGUAGGAGUGGUGGAGCGGCAAUAAUUGGAUAGGCAUUGCCUUGUUGCUAGUAGUACCUUUUUUUGGUGGAAACAUUUAAUUUUGAUUCAUCACUCGACUCCUUUAU